AAGCUUUUAAUAAAAGGAAGUGAGGCAAGCUGAAAGAAAAAAAAACUUCACUCUCUUUACCAGCACAGCCAAAAAAGAUCUGUGGUUGCUGGGUUGCAUGAUUGAGAAUGCAAAUCCUGUAUGAUUUUGGUUCAAAUCUAAAAACGUCCUUUUUUUCAAAACCUUUUUUCGAGUCUGUAGGGGAAAGUUUGCUGUAAACUCUGUUAUAAGUGGCUCCUCUGAGGGCUUUGGGACUUUUCCAAGCAAAUGCUACAACUGUCUCAAAACAAGCAAGAUCAGGCUCUCUUAUAAUAUUGAGAAAAAGGUAUAAAGAGGAAGAAGACAUUUUUAAAUCGUGGCACAUUUGAAGUGGAAUCUCCUUGACAACACACAAACGUGAAAAUGAGCAGAGACACAAUGUGGUUGUUGAUUCUGAUCCAAAUCCAAUAUGUUUCUUAUGGAAAUGGGAAGCCAUUUGCUCUGGAGCCAACUGACUUGAAAGCCAAUGAAGGAUCCUGUGUAGAACUCAAGUGUAUACCUACAAAUAGUAUGGAUACUCAAAAUGCAUUGUGGUAUUGGAUGAAGGAUGCAAAAUGGAUUGAGGGAAAUGGAUAUGAUGGAUCCACUGUUAUUUACAGCUCAGAUGAGCAGCGAAAGACUGUCAGUCCACUCUUCAAAAACAGAGUGUGGCUUGUUGGCCAUUCACCAGAAAGCGUGAACUCUAAUUCAUACCGAGGAAAAAAGGAGAUUUGCCAUAUUUUGAUCUGUGAUCUGAAAAAAAAUGACACCGGAAACUAUUCGUUCAGAUUUGAAAGCCCAAACGACAAAUGGCUGACAAAACCAGAAGCAAAACUAACAAUUAUUGAAAAUAAAUGCCUGAUCACCUUUAUUGGGCCACAAGUUGUGAAGGAGGAUGAAACCAUAACACUUAAGUGUUCCACGUUAAGUUCGUGCUCUUUAUGUCCGAAUAUCAACAUUUUGGGGCAAAAGGCUUCUGUUCAGUCCCCUCCGCCUGUUUGUGAGACAAAUGGGACAUCUAAAUUCUUCACUUAUCCAUUUACGGCCAGCUGGCAGCACGAUGGAGCUGUGUUUUCAUGCCAAACACCAGAUAACACAGAUAAAUAUUUGAGCCGGCACAUCAAGUUGACUGUAAAAUAUGCCCCUAAAGACGUUGUGGCUGAGAAAAGCUCUUAUGUUGUUAAGGAGAGAAGCUCUGUGACCCUUACUUGCUCUGCCAAAGGAAAUCCCAAAGUUACCUUUAGCUGGUUCAAAACAGGACAAGCAGGGAUACUUUACACGGGACCUGAGUGGAAAAUCACAUAUAUAAAGGAAUCACACAGUGGUUCAUACUACUGUUCAGCAGUGAAUGAACUUGGAAUUAAAAAUUCUAGCCAAAUAGAGGUUAAUGUGUUAUAUAAACCAGAAGUUGAAGUGAAGGACAGUGGCCGCUACACAUGCAAAGCUAAGAACACCAUAGCUGAGGGACAAUCAACAUCCUAUGAUCUAAAGGUUUAUUACAAACCAAGGAGCAUAAUAUCCAUUAGGGGUGCUCAUAAUAACCAAGUGAAAGUCGAUGACUCCGUCACACUUACCUGUGACACGCAGGCAUAUCCAGAUCCAUGGCUCUUUUGGUUCAUGUUCAAACGAUCUGACAGCUCACUUUGGACACCCUUAACAACAAGCAGUAGGACUCUGAAGUUGGAGCCAGUUCAGAGAGUAGAUGAAGGCUGUUACAUAUGUAACGCAACUAACAGUAUUGGCCCGGGGGAUAAUAGUGAGCCAGUGUGCAUAAAUGUCCUGUUCGCUCCCACCAAGGUAGGAAUCUCAAUGGCUGCCACAGUCAGAGAGGACCAGCUGGUCACAGUAAACUGUACAGCUGAAAGUUUCCCACCGUCAGAAAUUACACUGACCGCACCAGAGUCAGCUUCUUGGUAUCCAAAGUGGGGGGCACAUGUCACGAACCAAGUCAUUUUCAUCUUUAAUGCAACUUCAGCCCACGCAGGCUCCUACACCUGCACAGCCUCAAACAGCGAAGGAAAACAACAAAGCCAAGAGAGGAAAUUGGUGGUUGAAUAUUCUCCCAAAGAUGUGAGAGUAGAAGCUUGGCCUGGUUUUGAUGUGAAAGAAAAUCACUCUUUUUCAUUGGAAUGCAACUCCCAUUAUCACCCAGAAGUGACCCUGUACACCUGGACCAAAAUGACAAAUGGUAACCGUGAAUUAGUCGCCAAAUCCACAAAGAAAACCUAUUCAGUCAAAUCUGCCAGCCUGUCUCACAGUGGACUGUACAGCUGCACGGCCCAAAACCAGGUUGGAAUCGGUAAAUCUAAGCAAGUGAACAUUAGAGUCAAAUAUGCUCCAAAACACACAACCAUCAUCACAGGAGAAGAGCAAUGGGAGACUGACGGGAAGGGCUCUGUGAUGCUGAGCUGCAGCAGUCACAGCUAUCCUCCACCUUCCUACGUCUGGUACAAUAAAACAGCGGACGAUAAAGUCUCAGAGGAGCAGAACCUCACGGUGUACUCGCACCAGGCGGGAGAGUAUUACUGUCUGGCGAGGAAUGAGCUUGGUGGAAAACCUUCAGACCGAGUUAGGCUGUUUGAUGGCGAUCUGAAGAUACUCAUCUACAUCCUGGUGGUUUUUCUUUUAAUCGUCGUACUUCUAAUCUUUGUUUACAGAAAAAGGAUAAAGAGAUCUAUUCAACCAGGAGCUGUGAAUGAAUCGCCCUGUGUUGCUUGUCUGCCUUGUUGGAGUGGAGCCAGGGGAGGAUGUACAAUGAAUGAGACUGGUUUGGCAGAGCCUUGCAGGAGCAGAGAUGACCUCCUGCUAAACCAGCCCCGCCGUCCAUCCCAGCCCCGUCCAGACGCCACGUCUGUAUCCAAUAUUCACUCUAUUUACUCCAUUGUGACUCCAGUACAUAGAAAAGAGGCCCUCCCUGUGCAAAAUCCAGUCAGACAGCAGCAUGGAUGCAUGGAGAGUGACUCCCUCAACUAUGCUUCUCUGCACUUUGACAACAAGCAGAAGAAACCAGAGGAGGGUGCUGUGUACUCUAAAGUGUGCAAACCAUUUAAGGAAGAACAACAAGAGGGAAAUCUGCAAGACUACGAAAAUAUUGUUGAUGUACAUGCAGCCAAACGUCCAAAUCCUUACAGCUACGACAGCAGUGACACCUCAGAUACAAGUGACGACGAAGUGGAGGUCAGCUACACUCAGGUGAACUUUAAGCCAAAGUCUGGAAACCAAAGAGAGAAAAGCGACUCCAGCACCUCAGAGGAUGAGACUCAAUACUCUCAGGUCAAACUCUGAGCUCUCAAACACCUUAUUUAGUUCAUUUAUGUCCAACUCCAAUCACCAGGUCCAGUCUAAAUAUGGAUCACACCUUUGAUGUUGUUUUUUACCAUUGCCUGAAUAUCAUUUAAAUGCAUGUUUGCUUCAGUUUGAGGCGUAGGGGCGGGUUGUUGAUUACCGAUCCACAAUAAACCAGCAUAUGAUCCCCUCAGUUUGACAAAAACUUUGUGAAUAAGCUGAUAACACCGAGUAAUCGAGGUUAGUUUUUUUUUAAGCUUUCGACGUCAUUACCUUUUCUUUUUUUUUCGGAUGACUGCAUAUUGAAACAAUGUAUGAUGCUCCGUGCACAUGGUUCUGUAAAAGCUACUUUGUCUUCACCCCUUUUUUAACAGUCGUCUAAAUUGCAGGAAG